AUGACAGACUUGAUAGAAUUUUUUAAUUGUCCUACACCACAGAGACUCAAUCUUUUAUUAUUGGGCAGUAUUUGGUUAUGGUACGGAAUCUUAAGAUAUUUAAACUCAUAUAAAGUUAACAUUUCUUCUGUCUUACAGAUAAAGCUGCCUCAUGAUAUGCAUCCGUCUCCUACUAAUAGACAAUUGAUCCAAAAUGUACAAAGAUUUGCGUUGAAAAUGUCUAGACUUAUGAUACCAUUACAUAUUACUACAUUAUUUUUAUUCCACAGAUUUCAAAAUACCACCGAUAGUAAUGAGCAAUGGGGUACAUUACCAUUUUUAAUGCUUCAUCUUUUCCCCUUAUGUCAAUUAUUGUUGUUGGUCUUUUUCAUUGUCCAACAAUCUGUAAUUACCAGGUAUGCAGUUAAAAGAUUGCCUCUUAUUGAAUCCAAACCAACUCAAUUGAGAAAUGUCUACAUUUUAUUAUCUGAUUCCUUAACAUCUUUUACAAGACCAUUAAUUGAUUUUUUACUUUUUACACAUUCUUUAUUUAAUCGCCCACAUACUGACAUUGAUUUAUUAUUGUCUUCUUUACCAUCCUUCAUUAGAAUCUUUCAAUGUCUUCGAGAAUACCAAUUUGUUAGAAAUUUAUCUUUGUUGGGUAAUACAUUAAAAUAUACUUGUAAUUUACCAAUCUUAAUCUUUACGUGGUACUUAAGGAUUCAUCCUGAAAUGUUAUCUUCAUCAAAAUUUAAAACCUUUCAAAUGUUAUUUCUUACAGUUAAUUCUACAUACUCAUACCUAUGGGAUAUCAAAAUGGAUUGGAAUAUACCAAGUUUUAUUUCAUUAAGAGAAGGUCAUAAUAAAAUGGUUUUUAAAAGAUAUACUUAUUAUUUUGCUAUACUAACAAAUCUUAUUUUAAGGUUUUGGUGGUUGUGGAUUUUUUUAGGAAAAUAUUCAAAAUUUGUAUUUUUUGAUGAAGAAUUACAAUAUUUAGAGAUAUUAAGAAGAGCUCAAUGGGUUAUUUUCAAAUUAGAAUCUGAAUAUAUCUCUAGACCAAUGCCAAAGUCGUGA